AUGCGGACAGCAAGGAAGGGGUUCGUAGACCAGUACAUAGAAAGGCCACGAGGCACAUACAGAGAGCGUCGCUAUGAUGAACAUAGGCGAGACAGAGACGAUGAACGGCACAGACGUGAUGACGAUCGUCGUGGUCAUGAUGACAGAGAUAGGAGGGAUAGAUGUGAAGCAAGAAGGGAAAGAAGAGAUCAUAGGCGAGACAGUCAGGACAGACAUAACCCCGCAAAUCAUGUCCAGUAUGACAGAGAAGUGCAUAUGAUCAUAGGAGAAAACAAUAUACCAACAUCUAACCGAGCCAAAAAGCAAUUAGCUCGCACGGUCAGAUCAGGAUACUACGACCAAUCUGUCAUGACAGUCAACAUCGCGCCCGAUGAACCGAUAAUAUCUUUUGGACCAAAGGAUGCUAGGCCUCUAUUCUAUCCACACGACGACGCCUUGGUAUUUUCUGCCAACGUGGCUAACGUCCUGGUACAUCGUAUCUUUGUCGAUUCAGGCAGCGCUGUCAACAUCUUAUACCUGGAAUAUUGGCGGGCAAUGGGUCUAGAGGCUAAGUUAGAGCCCGCGGUGGCUCCUCUCUAUGGAUUUUCAGGGGAAUCAGUCCUACCAGUGGGAACAAUUGAAUUGCCAAUGACUAUAGGGCAAUCAGGGGGAAAAAAGACUCGAAUGGUCAAAUUCUUAGUCAUUGAUGCACCAAAGCCCUCUUACAACAUGAUCUUUGGGAGACCAGCGCUGAACUCUUUCAAAGCAAUAAUUUUCACUCUCUACCUGAAGAUGAAGUUCCCCUUGGAAGGAGGCAAAAUUGGAGAGGUUUGGGGAGAUCAAGCCGUAUCUAAGAAAUGCCACGUACAAGUGUUAACUCAAUACUCGGGACAAAAAAGGGAGAGGUCAAUACACCAAAUAGAGACAAGCAAGAAGGGAAAAACGGGAAUGGCUACGGCUUCAGAGCCCGAGCGGAAGGAGAUCGCAGGGCUGCAGGGGGGAAAUGAUAAGAUCCCCCUCGUCACCACCACUGAUACGUGCAUGGUUAUUGAGCUUUUCACUGAUAAAGAAGGAUUCACUACCAAAAUCGGGGCACAUAUGGAACCAGAGCUGCAAAGAAAAGUGAUAGCCUGCCUGCGCAGAAACGCUGAUGUAUUCGCAUUCAGCACAGCGGACCUGAAGGGAAUUGACAAAGAACUAGCUGAGCAUCAAUUGAAUGUAGACCCCACAGUUAAGCCAGUGAAACAAAAGACGAGGCACUUCGGCACUGAAAAAGACACCGCUAUCCGGGAACAGGUACAAGCAUUGCUAGAGGCAGGACAUAUUGUGGAAGUUCAGUAUACGGAAUGGGUGUCCAAUGCUGUCAUGGUAGAAAAGAAAGCUAAGACCUGGAGGAUGUGUGUGGACUAUCGGGACCUCAAUACGGCUUGUCCGAAAUAUUGUUACCCAUUACCACGGAUCGAUCAACUAGUUGAUGCUACAUCAGGGUGCGAACUUUUGUCGAUGAUGGACGCUUACCAAGGGUACCAUCAAGUCAAGAUGUAUAAGAGCGAUGUUAUCAAAACGGCAUUCGCAGUCUGCGCAGGGAUCUUCGCAUACGUGAGUAUGCCGUUUGGACUCAAAAAUGCGGGGGAUACGUACCAGAGGAUGAUGGAUAGGAUUUUCAAGGAUCAAUUAAAGGAGAAUGUGUCGGUUUAUGUAGAUGACAUGCUAGUACGCAGCGCUGAAGCACGUACACACGCGGACGACUUGGAGGAAAUCUUCUCAGUUGUGCGAAGACACAAGCUCAUGCUCAAUCCAGCUAAAUGCACUUUCGGGGUUCAGUCGGGAAAAUUUCUGGGAUACAAGGUUACACCUGAGGGGAUAGAGGUGAAUGCAGACAAAGUUCGAGCUAUUCUCGACAUGACAGCGCCACGGAACAUUAAAGAAAUACAAACAUUGAACGGAAGAAUAACCGCACUAAGCCGGUUCAUAUCAAGGUCGGCAGAAAGAAGUCUGCCUUUCUUCAAAAUCCUAAGGAAAGGAAGUCGGUUCGAGUGGAAUAAUGAGUGUCAGCAAGCCUUUGAGGACCUCAAGAAUUAUCUCAAAGAAUUACCCAUCUUGACCAAGCCAGUACCAGGAGAGCCAUUAUAUCUAUACACCUCGGUGGGGGUAGAGUCGUUGAGCGCUGUGUUAGUACGAGAGGAAAGGGGUAUGCAGAAGCCAGUCUACUUUGUGAGCAAAAUCAUCCAAGGAGCAGAGAUUAGAUACACCGCCGCAGAAAAAAUAGCUUAUGCCAUUAUGAUCACAGCAAGAAAAUUGCGCCCUUACUUUUUGUCACAUAAAAUUAUCGUCAGAACAGCGCUGCCUUUUCAACAAAUUUUGGGGAGGCCAAACCUUGCAGGAAGAAUGGUAAAGUGGGCCAUUGAGUUGGGGGAGUAUGAUGUGAUGUUUGAGCCUCGUACAACCAUCAAAGCGCAGGCCUUGGCUGAUUUCAUUCAAGAAACUACAAGGUGGCCGUUGCGGGGACCAUGGACGGCACAGGUCGACGGCUCCGUCACUAAAGAAGGGUGUGGAGUCGGAAUAUACAUUGAAUCGCCGGAAGAUGGAGCUUACCAGUUUGCGAUCAAGUUCGAGGAUAAGCUAUCAAAUAAUGAGACAGAGUACGAGGCAGUCAUAAGGGCCGCCCACAUUUUGAAGGAACUUAGAGCAGACACAGCCAUAAUCAAGACGAUUUCACAACUAGUAGCCCAACAGUUGAGGGGUGAAUGCGAGGUCCGCGACGACAGAAUGAAAGCUUAUUACGAUCAAAUGCAGCAAAUCAAGGGAAAAUUUGAAGAACUGGAAAUAGUACAAGUACCCCGAGAGGAAAAUUGGAAAGUUGAUCUUCUGGCAAGGAUGGCCAAUGCCGUCGAACAAUCAUGGAACGAUGAAAUCACACUCCUAUUUGAGCCAAAGAGGAGUUCAGAGGUCCAAGUCUGCGCAGUUGAAGUUGGGAACGAUUGGCGAGCUCUAAUUAUUCAUUUUUUACGAACAGGGGAAAGAAUGGAGGGAGACACCUCAAAGUACGCCAAAUAUGAGAAUUUUUGCUUGAUCAGCAACCAGCUUUAUAAAAGAUCUUUCACACAUCUGUUCCUUAAAUGUUUAUCACCGGAAGAAGCAGAGUUUGCUCUAAAAGAAAUUCAUCAGGGUUGUUGCAGGAACCACGCAGGAUACAAGGACUUGACCAGAAAAAUCAUCAGAGCAGGGUUUUAUUGGCCCGGCAUCGACAGAGACACCAAGGCAUAUGUAAAGAAAUGUGGAUCUUGCCAGAGACACGCGCCAAGAAUUAAUAUCCCAGGGGAGGAAAUGGGGAUAAUGUACUCAGCACAUCCCUUUGACAAAUGGGGAAUUGACAUCGUAGGCAAACUGCCAACGGCACCAGGAGGAAAGUGCUUCUAG